AAGACGACGCCGCGACGCAGGCAGCAGUGCGCGUGCGCGGCGGGGGCUGGUGGUGGCCCGCGGCCCGGAGCAGGAGCCAAUAUGGCGGCGGAGCGCAAGACGAAGUUGUCCAAGAACCUGCUGCGCAUGAAGUUCAUGCAAAGGGGACUGGACUCAGAGACCAAGAGACAACUAGAAGAGGAAGAAAAGAAAAUCAUUAGUGAAGAGCACUGGUACUUGGAUUUGCCAGAGCUUAAAGAAAAGGAGUGUUUCAUAAUAGAAGAGCAGAGCUUCUUGUUAUGUGAAGACCUUCUCUAUGGAAGAAUGUCAUUCAGAGGAUUUAAUCCUGAGGUUGAGAAAUUAAUGCUUCAGAUGAACUCCAAGAACAAAACAGAGGAAGUUGAAGGUGAAACAGUGGAGCUCGAUGUAUCAGAUGAAGAAAUGGCUAGAAGAUAUGAGACCUUGGUGGGGACAAUUGGAAAAAAGUUUGCCAAGAAAAGAGACCGGGUCAACUAUGAAGAAGAUGAAAAUGGACACGUAAAACCAACAGUUAAAGUAAAGAAGAUGUUCUUAAAGCCCCAGGAUUGAAGUGGAUGCUUUAAGACAGAGCUCAGGGGUGCCUCAUGAGGGUUAGUGUAUUGUGGAACUCAUUCUGAUGGCUUCUCUGUAGUUAUUCAAACUGUGAUGUUUACAUGUAAAGAGGUGGAUAAUUUUGGAAACAUGCCAUUUUUGAAACAGAUAUGUGGUGGAUGUUAUACAUCCUUUGCUUCAUGGUGUUCAUCAAGAAUGGAUUUUUAGCCUUCGAGUUUCAAAUGUACAUAGGGAUGUGGCUGCUUCCGAAAGACUUUUUGACUUCAGAUUUUUUUUUUAACGGAGCUCUCUUGUCACUGACCUUGAGUUGGCACAUAUAAAUUAAACCAGUGUUUAAGUUGCCCUUAUGUUUCUAUUUACUUUAAAUUAUGAAUCAUGCCAAGCCAAUGUAUACAUACAUUCUGGAAUCAAACAUAAUGAGGGUUUAUUAUAUAUAGAUUCAUUAAGAACAAACAUGCCUCUCCAGCCUACAGUACUUGCAUGCUACCGAGUCAUCGUUGGUUUGUGGAAUUAUUGGUUUUUGUUUAAAGCUUUUACUUAAUUAAAAAAAAAAUUAUUCUCUAAUAAAUUAAAUUUUCAUAUA